AACGUGUUGACCUCUUGUGUUACAGGCGUACGUACGGCGCUUCCCCAAGUGCGACAUGAUCCCCGUCAUGGCUGGCACCGACAUCCUCAAGGAGACCGUCUCCAAGGACGGCGCCAUCAACCAGGUCUCCCGCCGCUGUAGACUACACGUCGAGGCUCCUUACCUCCUUAAGAAGAUCAUGGGCGUGGAAUAUAUCUACUUUGUGCAGACUAAUACUCUUGACAACAGAAAUAGAACUCUUACCAUUGAAGCCUACAAUGAGAGCUUUUCUUCCCGGGUUGUCAUCAAUGAGAAAUGCCGCUACACGGUUCAUCCAGAGAAUACCGACUGGACCUGCUUUGAGCAGACAGCCACUCUAGAUAUUAAGUCAUUUUUUGGAUUUGAGAGUACAGUUGAGAAGAUCGCCAUGAAGCAGUACUCACAGAACAUAUCAAAGGGCAAGGAAAUUAUUGAAUACUUCAUUGAGGAGCUCCGUAAAGAUGGCGUCACAUAUGUACCACGAUGGGAAGAACCAACUCAAAAGGCUUUGCCAGAAGUUUGUGUUAUUAAUGAAAGCAAGAAACUGGAAAGUGAAGCAGAGAGCAGCUCAGAAGAGACAGAGAGGCGCGACCGCACCAGCAGCACUCCAUCUACUGGCUCCACUGAGCUUCAUCUCGGCGCAUCUGCCACACACCUCCCGAGCAUGGAUAAGGUCAACCUUAAUGAAGACAAUAACAAGCUGGAUGCAGACUACAUUAAGAGAUGUCUAGGAGACUUGACUCCCCUACAAGAGUCACGGUUGAUACAACUUAAGAAGUGGGUUGGUGAACUACAAAAAGGGAAAGUUCCAAGUGAUACCUGCUUGUUACGAUUCUUGCGAGCUAGAGAUUUCAACAUUGAAAAAGCACGGGAGAUGUUGAGCCAUUCUCUCAUUUGGAGGAAAAAGAACCAGGUGGAUAAGAUGAUGAAUGAGUACCAGGUACCUCAGGUAGUGAAUGACUAUUUCCCAGGAGGAUGGCACCACCAGGACAAAGAAAGUCGACCAUUGUACCUCUUGCGUUUAGGCCAAAUGGAUGUUAAAGGCCUUGUUAAAUCUGUUGGCGAAGAAGGACUCCUAAAACAUACACUGCAUAUAUGUGAAGAGGGUCUUCGUCUGACAGAGGAAGCCACAGUUAGUCAGGCACGUCCAGUAACCACAUGGACACUCUUGGUAGACUUGGAAGGUCUCAACAUGCGCCAUCUUUGGAGACCUGGCAUCAGGACACUGCUCAAGAUCAUUGAGAUCGUGGAGGCAAACUACCCUGAGACGAUGAGUUGUGUUCUGAUCAUCCGGGCACCUCGUGUCUUCCCAAUCCUCUGGACUCUUGUGUCAACCUUCAUCGAUGAUAAUACCAGGUCCAAAUUUCUGUUUUAUGGUGGAAAUGAUUACCAAGGACCUGGUGGCUUGGUUGACUACAUGCCAAAAGAGAAUAUCCCCGAUUUCCUAGGAGGAGAAUGCAAGCGAAGUACUCUAUCUCGCUUUGGCCCUGUACCUGAGUCCAUGUACACUGUCAUGUACCCAGAUGAGCUGGAGCUUUGCACUGUGGUGCACGAAGGUGGUCUUGUGCCUAAGAGUAUGUACCAGCCAGGGGAGGAUGUGGAUGGAACAAGGCAGCACAUCCCAUUGUCAGACCAGUCUAUGUAUCAUUCAGUCUCUUUAGGUCGUGGUCAGGUUCAUGAAGUGGUUUUGCUGAUAGAGGAACCAGGAUCUGUUAUCUGUUGGGACUUUGAUGUGAUGAAGAAUGAUGUGUCAUUCUCUGUCCUACGCACUAAAGUACCCAUAACACACCGCCCAGAGCCACAGUCCCCAACUGGAGCAAUGGGUGUCAUUGAUGCUGUAAUGGGCAGUGAUGACCAACACCGCUCUGUUAUUGAGAAGACCUGGCGGGAAGGCCAUGAAUACUUCCGCGUUGAGCCACAACUGAUCUGUCAUGAUGGAGAAAGCAUACAGUAUCAUGAGAGAGAUGGACACGAAACCUGCCGUACGGACCAGCAACCUGUGUAUCGGGAAGGAGAGAGCAUACAGGGUUCCCAUGUUACAUCCCACAUGGGCACAUAUGUAUUGCAGUGGCGUUACUAUGAGUCAACCCAACACUCAUCUCCACUUGAUAUAAUUGAUUCCAUAACAGCACCAAAGUCUAAAAUUAUGUAUUACUAUGAGACUCUCAAAUCUGCUGACUACAGGGGCUCCAUGACCAGCCUGCAGUCAUGCCAGAGUGGCUUUUCAUCCCUCUCCUCCAAUACCAACAAGUCUGCAACUUCUUCGUGUCCAUCCCGCUGACCCUGAAUUACCACUUGUUAAGAUUUAUCACUUUAAUCUUUGCCAGGAUCCCUGUUAACUCUGUAAUAUCUGCUUUGCUCCAGACAUUCUUUUAUUGGACGUGGGAAAUUUUAGAUUUCUUCAUGAUACAGAAAAACAGCUUCAUUUUUUGACAAGUGAAUUUGUUCCUGCAAUUGGGUGAAGUUGUUAGGAUGUGGUUUGUUAUGGAAUGCUCACUUUGUUAUAAGAAGUUUUAGGUUAGCAGACACCUUACUUAGGACGCUGCCUUUUCAGUAUAGGACACAGCAUAAUAAAUAUAAACAUCAGCUAAGAAUUUUCUUGUGUAGAAUUGCAGAGCAGUCAGUAUUACGAUUAUUUUUAAAGCAUAACUAAGUAAACUGAAUCAAUGUUUUCAGAAUGUAAAGGUUGAGUUUUCAGAAUGAGAAUCUGUACAAAAAACCACAAUAUUAUUAUGUGUACUUUUUUUUGACAGGAAAGAGCAGCAGCUAUUUUUCAGUUAUUUACUUUAGACGGGGAUCCCAAUGAAAAUAUUAUCUUCAAGGUACAUAUCUGGGGUUUAUCUUUUUAUUUAAGGAAUUAUACAAACAAGGUUCUUUCAGUAUUGGAAAGGCAUUGUAGUGUCUUAAAUUCAGUCCUGUAUGAUUUGAAAUUAAUGUUAGGGAAACAUGUUCAUGAUGUUCACAUUGUAUAAUAAUGGUUGAAUAUAAAGAUAUCAAAAUCCUUUAUUGGAAAGGUAAAGGUAGUAAUGAUCAAACAGGCAGCAGUCAUCUCAAUGAUGCUUUUAAUACCUAAUUUAAAUUAAUUGGUCAAUGGGCAUCACUGGCCCUUUCCAUAUGAUAUGAACUUAAUGCUUCACAUCAACUCAAUCUCCAUGAUGCCCAGGGGCUCCUAUUCUAUUGGUUUGUGGGCAUGGUACAAACUGUCAGCUCCUGUUCUAGGAGUGGUCUUUGUAUAACUGUUGUUUUAUUAUUGUACACAUAUCUUUUGUGCAGUGUUUUCCAUAUUUUCAGUGGUCAUGAAACUUGCAUUAUGUUAUCAAGUUUCUGAAGUUAUUAUAUAUACAGUACUAAUGUAUUUUAUUAAUUUCAUAAUCAUAUAUGAAAAAUUACUAUUUUUAAGAUAUGAAGGAAGAAUCCCUCCGGAAUACCUCUCAGCAUAUACCUCGGUAAUGAGCUUUUAUGUACACGUAAAUGUACAAGCAUAAUUUUUCAUGUAUAGUUAAAGGGAAAGUGUGAGGAUUGAUCUAAGUUAGCUUUUCAGUAAAGACGUUUGGUUCAUAUAAUCAGAUUUAAAACUUCUCACUAAUGAUAUUUGCUCAAUUUUAUGGUACAAUAAAAUUCUUACAAAUUUAUCAUAGAUGUAAGAGAGUUGGAAUUGCUUGUGCAAGUAAUAUUGGAGAAUCAGCUAUCUCAUCUUGAAGAAGGAGGAGGACAGUAAAAUCAUGUUCCUCAAAUUUAUAAGAUUUUAAAAUUUCUACCCUCACUUUGCAUUUGUCACUUUACAAAAUUUUUUUAAAAUAUACUAAAAGAUUAAUUAUGCCAAUAGAGGGGAAUUCCUAUUGAGUUGACCAAAUCAAAUACUGUACUUGAAUAUGUGCCUAAGGCUUAAUUGGACAACUUGUAAAAUAUAUACUGUAUUCAAGUGUUCAAAGUUGUCAAUUAUGAAUCUGUUUUGGUGUGAUGCUCGAGAAUUAUAUAAAUAUCUGCUGGUGAGUCAUGGAAAUUGUUUACUCAGUUGAGGUUUUUGGAGGAGGAGCCUCUGCACGUCUUCCAUACAGAUUACGUGACUCGUGGCACCUACAGAGCUAUUCCUCACACAACUAAUGUAUACAGGUAAUUAAUGUUAUGUAAUGCUAUAUCAAAGAAAACACAUAUAUUUUGAAACAUAUUGUUGGUCAUAGUAUAGUAUAGGGCAUCACAUAGAUGGGAGUAUUUUUCUUCCUCUAUGUGCAGAUAUUUAACAUACCCACUUGUCUGAAUGCAUCUGUGUACAGCUGUACAUUGUUGAAAGUCAGUGCAGAGCACUGAAGUCCAUUUUGUAGUGUAAUGAUUUCCCAGUGAAACAUUCUAGAGUGUAUGAAUUGUACAAGUGUCUAUGCACGUUAACUUGCUGGCAGCACCUUAGAGCUAGCAUCCAUUUGUGUCAUGCAGAGUUUCUGUCCUGAACAUACAUGUGCUAUAAUUUUUCAAACUGAUAAUGUUCCUGCUGUGAUGGUUUGGGUGUGUCUGUAAAACUGGACAAUAUUUUGUCGAGUUCAAGAAAACAUGUUAUAUCUAGAUGUCUAGCUAUUGUCUAAUGGUAGAGUAACAUUCAGUCUAGUCUAUCUAUAAUUUAUAGAAAUGUUAUCAGAUGUGUAUAUUGUGGACAUUACUUACGUAGGUAAUGUAUCAUGUAUAACGUGUAACCUAUUUGUAUGAUAUAGUAAUCGAAAAUGGGUGUUUAAUUAAUUUGAUUUUUAAACUACUUCUCGGUGAUAAAUCUCUUCAAUAUUUGUUUAAUUUUAUUAAUUAUUUUAUCGUGAACUGGGGCAUUCUUAAUAACAUUCAGACAGAGUACUGCCUCUCAAUACACUGUACAGUAUAACAAUCAAAAUGGAAUCUGCAUAAUUUUAUUAUAAACGGGCAUUCAUUUUUACACAUACAAAGACUCGUCUUUGAAUUGAGCACCCAAAGACACAUUCAUUCCUUAUUAAAUGGUAGUAUAUCAGGCUUCUAUAGAGCUUUAUUACUUCAACAUAAACAAAAAAUUAAGAUUCUUUUAACUCAUCAUUUGUUUUGAAUGUUGCACCUGGUUCAUUAAGUAUCAUGAUCAUGGCAUCCUAAACUUUCUCACUGUAAAAGUUUUGUUUGUGUGGACAACUUGAAUUGUUCUUAUUGCUUUACUCAUGGAUGCUGUGAUCAUGCCACAAAGUCUACCAUCCCAAUAUGAGCCAAGACAUUUAUGGUUACUGGGAAAAUAAAUGUUACAGAUCAGUAUCCGCUAUAACCUCCAGUCUCUUCCAAAAACCUUAUGGUUCUUUCACCCAUGAUUUUUUUUUUUUAAUUUAUUGGUCAGUUUUAGUUUGCCAGUCUAUAAUGUAAAUGACUCCUUUGUUUCCACUUUAAUAUCUUUUUAGUGUGUGGCAGAUUCUAGGAUAUUUUGUGUAAACUCUAAAGUUACAUUUGAUUACCCCGGUAUUAGAGUCCAACCUGUUUCAUGGGUAGAAAUGUUAUAGUAAUAACCUUCCAUUUGUUUGUUCAUUGAUAAAAUUACCAUUUUCUAUGCAAACACUUGCCCCAGUCACUUGAAUUUACAACUGGGAACUCCUUUCUUGGGUCCUCAGGACUGAUUAGCAUGAACAAAAGCAUUUGGCCUUAAGUGAUGGUUGCAACCAUAAUUUGCUGUCUUGUUGAUUUGUGUAUGCAUAUUGUGUAUAUAAUGUGUACAUAUGUUUUAGUCAUGUCAAAGAACAGAUGGAAUGCAUCUGUCUCAUUUUAAACAGGAAUAUUGCACCAGGACUAAGGAGAUCGGUGCAAUUAUGGUCGAUAAUAUUUUUUUUAUCCGCCAUCUUAAGUGAAAUUUAACAUUAUUUUAUGGUAUUAAAUUUUUGUUUUGACAACUGUGUGAAUCUCUUAUCUGUGUUCAGUAUUUGAUAAAUAAGAACGGACAUUCUACACCUUGCUUGGGUAGGGCCAGAGACCGGACAAGCACUGGGAAGGCUCUAAAAUAAACCUACUGUAAUGAAAAAUUGGUAAUGAAAAAUCACCUUAAAGUAGUCUUUGACCCUUGCUUUGCAUGAUUAAAAAAACAAACACAAGGAAUCAAACAAAGAGAUGAAAAGAGUUUUCAUUUACAUCUUUCCUCUGAUUGUUUUUUAAAAUUUCCUUUCAGCGAAGUUAUACUUUCACUGAUGGCAUUACGCUAAUACCUGUGCUAUCUAGUCUGGUGUGUACGACGGUAAGAAGCAAGAUCAGUUGCUCUAAUGUUUUUCUCUGAGAUGAAGAAAAUCGCUUUUCUUAUGUAACAUAUCACAAUGACUGCUCGUAGUGUCUUGCAUAAUUAAUGUCUAGAAAAUUGAGAGACUGAUGACUUUUUGCCUUUUAUUGUAAUUGUAAACUGUUAAUGAGCAAUAAAAAACAUUACUUAAAUAUAUUGUAGAUGAAUUUUAAGGCUAAAAAUGUGCAAAGCAUAAAAUAAAUGUCAUGUACUGUACUGUAUUAAAUAUUUUGUUAUCUAUUUGAUUACAGUGAAUAUAAUCCAGAUAAUUCCUGAUUUAAAUAAACCAAUGAAUAAUUUGAAUGACUAAUAAAUUCUUUAAUGGUGCAGCAUAUUGUAGGUACAGUAUUGUAUUAAUUUUUCCAUUUAUUGCACUCCUGUAAAACAGUUGUUGUUGCCAAGUCAGUUUUUUUUUCCUUGGGUCUGUAAGUAUUUAAAAUUAUAGAGUGAAUUUGAAUUAGCCUCCUCUCAAGAUGAUAUUUUUCCAAGGAGACAGAGAGAUUUCCUGCACAGCUCCAUGCACCAGUGUGUUCCACCUGAGUAAAGCAUCAAAAGAAUACAAAAAUUGCUAUAAUUUAGCAAUGACCCUCUGAUUGUAUACACAGCUUCAGAUCCUUCAAAGUUUCUUCUAGAGUUGAUUAAACCGCAUCAAAUAAGCUGUUUGCUCAGAACUAAUUUAGCAGAAAAAUAAUAAUCUUUAUACUGUACUAAUGAUGACAAUAAUUAUAUGAUUAAUAACCAUAAUAUUAGCAAUAGAGAGGUAGCAUCCUCACCUUCUGGUAAGAGGGAAGUUGCAAACAGGCACCAAAUAUGAGAACAAUUUCAUUAAUUACAUUAAUAUGUUAAUGUCUGAGUUUAUUCUUGGAAUUUAAAAGUAAAUUUAGGAUUGUUUUCCAAACUUUUUAUUAGCUUUACUGUAGGUUUUACUCUGAAAUUGUAAGUGAAAAUAAAGCCAGAGCUUACUAUUGUCAAAAUAAAUUUUGAUAACGCUUAUCACAUAAAAACACUUACUGAUUCUUGCAUUAUCUGGAUCUGAAAAGGUAGAGAACCAAACUGUAAAUAACAUUAAUAUAUUUCUUGCUUCACUGAUGUACUUAUCAGGGUGAUACUGUGUAGUGGAAUCUUUGCUCUUGUAAUGGGACAAAUAAAAGGUAUUCAAAUGUAAAAGGAA